CAUGAAUGGAAUUCCAUUUUACCGAUCAAUGGUAACAUGGCCAAAAUUCAUGCAAAAUUAUCUGUAUAGUGUAAGUUCGAAAUCCCCCUAAUGGGUGUGUGAACUGACACAAUUCUACAAGCCUGAGACUUAGAACAAUUGCCAUUGUAGUUAUUAUUGGUACAAAUUUUAUUAGUUGACUAGUAAAUCUUUUUCUAAUCUAAAGUUGGUAGAAGUUGAAAUACACUUAGCUAAAAAGAUGCAUUUGAAUAAAAGUACCAAAUUUAGGGUCCUCUAAUUUAACUUGGAGUAGUUAUACACGUGUCAACGUACUAAAGUACGUUGAACAGGACGUUUCGCUACAUGCAGCAGACUCCUGUGCCCAGCUGCUGGAUGUUGCCAGAAAUAACAAGUUUGAUGCUGUAAGAUUUCUUGUACCUGUCACUGAGGAGUUCUACAAGAUUUUUAAAAUGUCACUUGUAAUUCUCCCUCCCCCCCCCCCCCCCCCAUCCCAAUGCAAAGCCUGUGCUGAAAUGGGCUGAUAUUUAGGCCAGCAUGCAAGAAAGGGCUAGAACAGUAAUUUCUACUUUGAAAUGUACCAAAAUUACCUGUAAGAUAAGAUGUUAGGUUGAAAGAAGUAUUGCUGCCAAAUAUGUAUUCUGAAAAUCUACUUGCUCCAUUUGAGCAAUUGUACCUGUGCUUCAACUACACGAGACUUCAAUAUGCCCAGUAGCUGGAAGUGGAGACAUGCCACAAGAAGUAAUGAAACCAGUUGUAGCCACCUGAAGAGGAACGGUGGAAUUAAGCUACAAGAUUGCCCUGGAUAAAGCCAUAUUGCUUUGUGCUGGAAGCAAAAGAUCAAGAGGUCCCAAGUAUUAUGGAGCAAGAUUGUUUGUAAAAUUGUUUUAAAGGAUGAGGGUGAAAAAGGCUGACUAAAGUGGAUGAUGAUCUUUUGGGCUCUGUUUUAAUGAAGACUUGAAGUGUAGACCUAACCUGAGAGGAUCACUAGGCCUAUUCUCAAGAGGGCCAGAUUUAUAAAUGUAUUGGAAAUGUCCAUGGACCAACACUACCUCCCAAGCUAAUGAUAUGGCUGAAAGUUAUGGUAGCAGUGCCUGUGACUGGCAAAAUACUAAGUGGAAGGGAAAUUUGCCAAAGGGACCUGUAUUUGAUGGUGAAUUUAAACUGGUGUAUCUCCUGUAACAGGACCAGAAUUAUGGAAUUUUGGCUGAAAGGGUGUUCUUCAAAAUGCCUAGUUGCUUAUAAGAAAGAUUGGUUUUCCUGCAUUUUUCCACAAGGGCAUGGUUAUGGUAGCAGUGCCUGUGACUGGCAAAAUACUAAGUGGAAGGGAAAUUUGCCAAAGGAACCUGCAUUUGAUGGUGAAUUUAAACUGGUGUAUCUCCUGUAACAGGACCAGAAUUAUGGAAUUUUGGCUGAAAGGGUGUUCUUCAAAAUGCCUUGUUGCUUAUAAGAAAGAUUGGUUUUCCUGCAUUUUUCCACAAGGGCAUGGUUUUCCUCAGGUUCCUUAGAUGUAGGAAUCUUCAUAAACUUAG